AUGGCCCUCCCUCGGCAACCAAAGAUCUUGCUGGCCGCAGUCGGGCUGGUGUGCAUUAUUGGCCUGUUCACAUUCCGCCUGCACAGUCGCGAUGCUUUCUUUGCCACACGACCCGGCUACCUAUCGCCCAACAGGAUACCGACGCUUUCGCAGAAAACAGGGCAACUGGACCCAGAAGCCCACAAGCUACCAUCGGCCGACUCGUUCCGCGCCCACUUCAACGCUCUGACGCGUGUCAAGAAUAUCACCGUGGCUGAGGCGAAGGCGGGGUGUCACUGGCCGCAGGAUGAAGAUGUCAAUUUCCAAUUUAGCGCAGAUGCCGAAUGGGUUGUCACAGACCGUCCCGACGACGAAAUCAAUUCGCGCCGCAAGGCAUGGCAAGAAUAUAUACAGGGCAAGAUGAUUCCCUGGGAGAAGGUCAAGGACAAGUUUGAGGGAAGAGGUGUGGUUAUCCUCGCUGGCAAUCGCGACACUGCGAUGCACCUCAAGGUCGUCCUCAGGCGCCUUACAAUGCUACGGUCCAAGAUCCCAAUGGAGAUUCACUAUUGGGGCGACGAGAUGAACAAAGCCACUCGGGAAGACCUCGCCAGCCUAUACCAGCCAACGUCGUUCAACGACCUCUCCCAGCCUCACAACAUUAUCCAGGUCAAAAAGGACGGACCCUUCAUCAAUUUCCAGCUGAAGACGGCCGCACUCAUCAACUCGAAGUUCGCCGAGCCCUUGCUGCUCGACUCGGACAACGUCCCCGUGCUCGACCCGGCGACCCUCUACGACUCGCACGUCUACCAAGAAUACGGUACCGUCUUCUGGCCCGACAUCGCCCGCUCGUGGCCGCAGAACCCGGCCUGGGCUAUCACCAACACGCCGUGCCGCAUGGACGAAUACGAACAAGAGAGCGGGCAGCUGAUGGUGGGCAAGCAGCGGUACUGGUACCACCUGCAGCUGGCCGCGUGGCUGAACAACGAGGAGGGCAAGUACUACAACGAGUUCCUGCUGGGGGACAAGGACAUGUUCCGGUUCGCGUGGCACGCGCUCAAGACGAGUUACGGCCGGCCCAAGAAGUGGCUGACCAGCGUCGGCGUGCUCAACGACGACUACUACUGCGGCCACUCGUUCGCCCAGUACCACCCGGACGACGGCCGCGUCGCCUUCCUGCACGGCGGCCUCGCCAAGUCGACCGCGCUCGAGGUCAUGCGGUGGAACAAGGAGGAGAAGGGCGGGUAUUUCCGCCACUACAAGCGCGCGCCCACCGACGAGGAUCCGGCCCAGAUUGUGCAUGUCGGAAUCAAGUUUGAUGGGGCCACCUACAAGCCGAACCACACCGAGGAUUUCAAGGUGGCCAUGUGUACUGAUAUGAGGGACCUGGAGGUUGGGAACCUGGACGACAUUCUCCCCGGGUGGGAGAAGGAAUACGAGGAAUUAGGCGGGUACUGGAUGUUGGAGCAGGAAACGACGGCAAAACAGACGCUCGCGCGCAAUAAUUAA